AUGGCAAAAUCAGCAGAGCAAGGGCACCCAAACCAGGCUUUUGGAUGGGCAGCCACUGACACAUCUGGUGUCCUCUCUCCCUUCAAAUUCUCGAGAAGGGCAACAGGAGAAAAAGACGUAAGAUUCAAAGUGUUGUACUGUGGAAUAUGUCACUCAGACCUACACAUGAUCAAGAAUGAAUGGGGCAAGUCCAGAUACCCUAUAGUUCCCGGGCAUGAAGUUGUGGGCAUAGUGACAGAGGUGGGGAGCAAAGUGGAAAAGUUAAAAGUAGGAGAUAAAGUUGGGGUAGGGUGCUUCGUUGGAGCUUGCCACUCUUGUGAUGAUUGUGCUAAUGAUCUCGAGAAUUACUGCCCCAAAAAGAUAUAUACUUACGGUGACACUUACUACGAUGGAACCGCCACACAAGGAGGAUACUCAGAUGUCAUGGUUGCUGAGGAGCGCUAUGUGAUUCAUUUUCCUGAUAACCUUCCUCUUGAUGGUGGUGCUCCUCUCUUAUGUGCUGGGAUCACAGUGUACAGUCCCUUGAAAUAUUUUGAACUUACCAAACCUGGGAUGCACAUAGGAGUUGUUGGCCUAGGGGGACUGGGACAUGUAGCGGUGAAGUUUGCUAAGGCUUUUGGAGUAAAGGUGACAGUGAUCAGUACUUCCCCUGGCAAGAAGGAGGAAGCCUUGGAACGCCUUGGUGCUGACUCCUUUGUAGUCAGCCGCGACCCGGAUCAGAUGCGGGCUGCCAUGGGCACAAUGGAUGGAAUCAUCGACACAGUCUUUGCUGCUCACCCUCUUCUUCCAUUGAUUGGGCUGUUGAAAUCUCACGGGAAACUCAUUCUGGUUGCUGCACCGAUCGAUAGGCCCAUUGAGCUACCAGUCUAUGCUUUGAUGUCAGGGCGGAAGCUAGUGGCUAGUAGUCUCAGUGGAGGGUUGAAAGAGACACAGGAAAUGAUUGAUUUUGCAGGAAAACACAACGUAACUGCAGAUGUUGAGGUUGUCCCAAUGGACUAUGUAAACACUGCAAUGGAGCGAUUGGAGAAAGCCGAUGUUAGGUACCGGUUCGUGAUUGACAUUGGCAAUACGUUGAAAGCUACCUAG